AUAUCAUAAUUUUUAUAAAUGGCCAAAUGCAUGACGAACAAAUUUCCCCCAUCGCAGCGGCCGCCGGCGCCGGCGAUCCCACUCCGUCUCUGCGCCGCUGCAUCGCCCUUCUCCGAUCACACAGUUCCCUCCCCCACCUCCGCCAAACACACGCUCAUGCCCUCCGGACCGGCAUCCCUCUCUUCCAUCCUCUCCUAGCCAAACACCUCAUCUUCUCCCUUAUCUCCCUCCCUUCCCCUCCCCUCUCCUACGCCGAGCUCCUCUUCUCACUCCUUCCCAACCCUAAUAUCUUCACCCUCAACACCAUGAUCCGUGGCUACGCCGAAAGCCCUCACCCCUUACCCGCCCUCCUCCUCCACCGCCGUAUGAACGCUGCUUCCCUUCCUCCUGACUCCCAUACCUACCCUUUCCUCCUAAAGGCAUGCGCUCGCCUCCUCGACCUUCGGCAUGGUGAGUCUGUUCACUCGCUUUCUGUUAAAAACGCCCAUACUUCCUCUGUUUUCGUGCAGAACUCGCUCCUGCAUUUCUAUGGAGCUUGCGGGCUUUUCGAAUCUGCCCACCAGGUGUUCGAGGAAAUGCCCGUUAGAAAUCUUGUUACUUGGAACUCUGUUAUCAAUGGCUUCGCGUUGAACGGCAGGCCAAACGAGGCGCUCACGCUCUUCCAACAGGUAUUGGAUGAAGAAAAUGUAGUGAAGCCAGAUGGAUUCACCAUGGUUAGCCUUCUCACCGCCUGUGCUGAGCUCGGCGCUCUCGCACUAGGCCGGCGGGUUCACUUAUACAUCAUUAAGUCUGGUCUGUAUCAGAAUUCACAUAUAGGGAAUGCUCUUAUCGACCUAUACUCCAAAUCCGGUGUGGCUGUGGAUGCUUGCAAGGUUUUUGAUGAGAUGCCUGAUAGAACAGUUGUCUCAUGGACCUCCCUGAUUGUUGGCCUAGCGGUAAACGGUUUCGGCAAAGAAGCUCUCAAAUUCUUUGAUGAAAUGGAGAUUGGCAAGUUGAAGCCAACCGAGAUCACUCUGGUCGGAGUUCUCUAUGCUUGCAGCCAUUGUGGCCUGGUUGACCAAGGUUUCAGAUACUUCAACCAGAUGAAAGAUGAUUAUGGGAUAGUCCCCAGAAUUGAGCACUAUGGAUGCAUGGUGGAUCUCCUCGGACGUGCCGGGCUAGUCAAUAAAGCUCAUGACUUCAUUCUCAACAUGCCAUUGGAGCCCAAUGCGGUUAUAUGGAGGACUCUGCUUGGUGCUUGUGCAAUGCACAAGCGAGUCGGACUUGGCGAGGUUGCUUGGUCUCGGCUCAUCAAACUUGAUCCAGGGCACAGCGGCGACUAUGUUCUGCUAUCGAAUCUGUAUGCCGGUGGAAGCCGAUGGACUGAAGUGCAGAAGCUGAGGAGGAGCAUGAUCAAAGGAGGGGUGAAGAAGACUCCUGGGCACAGCCUUUUGGAGCUGGGAAACAAGGUUUAUGAUUUUGUGAUGGGAGACCAAUCGAAUCCUGAGACCGAUUUGAUAUAUGAGAAGCUCGAAGAGAUUGCGAAGCGAUUGAGAAAAGAAGGAUAUGUUGCUCGGACGACGAAUGUGCUGGCUGAUAUACAGGAGGAGGAGAAGGAGACGGCUCUGUGUUAUCAUAGUGAGAGAUUGGCAAUUGCGUUUGGAUUGAUGAAAUCUGCUCCAGGUGCUGCUAUAAGGAUAGUGAAGAAUUUGAGAGUUUGUGAGGAUUGUCACUUGGCUAUUAAGCUUAUUUCAAAAGUUUAUGAGCGGGAGAUUGUUGUGAGGGAUAGAAGCAGAUUUCAUCAUUUUAGAGACGGAAUUUGCACUUGUAAAGAUUACUGGUAGCAAAGAGCAAUUGCUUUGCUUGAGUUUGUCAUUACUGAUUUGUUUCGGGUGACUACAUCUUGGGGUUAAGCAACUCAAAGCUAGCUCGUGAGCCAGCUCGAGAUUGAUUUGAUAACGAGCUCACAAGUUAAGCUUAUCAAAUAACGAACUCCAAGUUCAAAUUUUAUUAGGCUCAGCUUAUGAUCUUGUGAGGAAUGUUGUAGCAGCCAAAGCUUUUUUCGCAUGAGAAAAUCAACAUGGGACUUUUUUCUUUCCUUACAAAA